AAGGUUAGGGAACAGCUCUCCAGAUUUAUGGCCGUACGUCUUCCUUGCAACCAUCUGGCACUUUUGGAAGAGCAGAAACCGAUUGGUGUUAGAGGGACAACGGCACCUGCCUCAUAUGGUUGCUAGCCAGGCUCAUACCUUUGCCUUGGAAAUGAGAUUUGCAUUGGAAACUACCAGGUCUCAUACCACUAGAGCCCCUAGAUGGGUCUCUUGGACCCCUCCAUCACACCCUUACCUUAAACUCAAUACCGAUGGAUCAUACAAUCAUCACUCAGACAAGGCGGCAGCCGGGGGACUCAUUCGCGAUCAUAAUGGGCGUUGGUUUCAUGGGUUUGCUGUCAACGUUGGUAUCACAACAAGUUUCUUGGCUGAUUUAUGGGGCUGCAGUGAAGGUCUGGGGAUACAGCAGUUAGUCUUAGAAAUGGACUCUCUACUGGCAAUUCAACUCAUUCAAAAUCGGCAGAUUUCAGCCGGCCCAGCCUCCGUGCUUCUCACUGACAUCUUCUUGUUGAUAGAUUCCUUUAGCAACUGCCUAGUGCAACAAACUCAGCUGCAGAUUUUCUGGCAUCCAUGGGUCAUGAUUUAGCUUUGGGCACUACAUUUUUUCCCACACCUCCUACGGGUAUUCAUAUGAUCUUGCAAAGUGAUUACAUAGGGACCAGGUUCCUUAGGACGUGAGCUGAAGUUAUAGCUUCUGAUGUUAUAGAUGGUAAAAUAUUCGAAAAGAAAAAUACAUAUCCACCAAGUAUUGGGUCUAACAUUUAUUCUGAUAAAGGUUCAUACCUGUA